UCCUUGCAGAUAGGAGACAGUUUCAAAGUAUGUCAGGCAAAAACGGUGCGAUAUUCUGCAUAUUUUGCAAAAAUAGGGUUCCAAUUGCUGAGUUUGCUGAUCAUGAAAAAUUAGAACUACACCAAAAUACCAUCAAGGCAAAACUUGGAGACAUGAGCAUUGGCUCGAUGAUGUGCAAAGCCUGCGUGGUUCCUGUCAACUCAGAGGUCAUUUGGAAUUCUCACUCUAAAGGAAGGAACCACAAAAAACAAGUUAACUUUCUCAAUAAAGUAGGGAAGACUGAGAAAUACGAGCGCCCAUUUAGUCUAAUCGAAUUUGAUAAAGACAGCAGCGACCCAGUAUCUGAUAAGAUGUUCUCAGUAGUUCCUGACCUGUUUGCUCCUAUUAUUGAGGAUGCAUCAAAAAAUGAAUCCACAACUCAUACAGAAGCAGUGAUAUCAGACAAUUUAUCUUCAGUUCAUAAUACUGAAUCCUCAGAAAAGUCUGCUGAUAUUUCAGAAGACGCCCCAACUAAUGUCCUUGAUACAAAAUCUGUUACAGAAGCUGAUGAAGGAAGCAAGGAAUCUAAAGAUGUUGUAAAUUCUCUUGAUCGUAGUUAUGAUAACAGAGGACAAAAUGCUGUCAGAAAGGACAGACAACUUAUAUCUGAAAGAAGGCUGGAGGCUAAACGUCGCAACAAACCACCAAUGUUUUUGCAAGAAGAUAGAGGUAUGCAGCCUAGAAGGGGGAGAGAUAUGGGUCAUCACAGAAUAACACCCUCAAUAUCUCCCCAGAUCCUGACGACUCUGUAUCCUGACGACUCAGUGUUUGCUGCUGUGACAGAUGUUCAAAUUGAGGAGUACCGUGAAGUGUUCAGGAUAUUUGACGCGGAUCAGGACGGCAACAUCUCCAGUACGGAGCUCAUCAAGAUUCUUAAGUAG